GGUCGAUCAUCUUCGGUGAAUAAUAUUCGCUGUUAGCGUCUCUGAACGCUAAAGACAAGCUGAAGAGGAUUUAAAUCGUUUUUGCCUUUUCUCCAGUCGUUUGCUUGUAAACCAACAUGGCAAACGGUCACGUGGAAAUCUACGACCCCAUCUCCAACCAGAAGAACCUCAAAAGCAGCACAGACUGCGACCCUAAAUCUACCUCAGACACAGACAGCAUGGAGGACACGACAGAGUUCAGACUCCUCAUGGCCUACGCAAAGAGGAGACAUUCAAAGAAGGAGGGAGAGCCUAAACUAGUGGACCAGUGUGGCUUACCUGGAAACGGCGAGAUAACCACAAAGACUGUUGAGGACGAGCCGGAGAAGAAGAAGAAGAAGAAGGGAUGGAAACGUCUGCAGAGAAUUUUGAGCUGCAUCAGUCCUCGGACAAAACUCACAGAACAUUCCUCGGCUGCUGGGAAACCUGAUGUGUACUUUCGCAGUGGUGUUCCAAGAGAUGAUCCAAAAGAAGAAGCGAGAUUGGAAGAGGCAGUAAGCAGACUGAGCAAAAUCGCAGAUGACAUCCCGUUCAUCCCUCCAGACGUCGAGACAGACUCGCCAGACGAUGUGGAGAAAAUCAUCGGCCUGCUGCUGAGGGAGGCUGGAGACAGACUGAACGAAGAGGACAAGGAGCUGCAACAGACUAUUUCAAGGAUAUUAUGGAACUACGAUUUCUUGGAGAGGUUGAUAUCGACGUUCCUCAACAGGAUGGGACUCCUGCCCUCCAGCUGGGACACCCCGGGGCCUCAGACAUCGCCCAAAAAACAGAUCGCUGCGAUCUGUGAGGUCACUAGUCGUCUGACAGCAGCUGACACGCUGCCCAUGAACCGGCUGUUCGGCCACGGAGCCAGAUAUCUGCAGAAGCAUUACUCAAACUGGGAGAAGGAGCUGGGCAAAUAUGAGGAAGCUUUCUACAGUGAGGGCGAGGACGAGGAUGACGAGGAUGACGAGCAGUGAGCAGAAGGAAGCAUCGCUCCAGAUCGGCAUCGCCCCCUGCAGGCGAGCAGUAAAACUGCCACACUUUGCAUUACCUGCCUGGAACCGAACAACAGGUUCUUCAGUUUACUUGAAACAGAGCAUUUUUAUCGUCUUUCCGCCUUCACAUCUCAGACACGACUACAAGUGUAGAAAUCACUUUAUGGAGGAGUGAUGAGUGCUCACAGAGGCUUUAACUUUUGCUCAAGGGAAAGAAAAAAAAAAAAAAAAGACUCAGGACAGUUAUAUCUCUCUCUGCCAAAUCAGUUUACAUGCCAGUUAAUCUCUGAGUGGAGCAGCAUGAACAGAUCUGCUUCAGUAUGCUUUUGUAAAUAUAAUGUAGCAGGUUUGUGUGUUUCUCCGUUACUUUUGUUGGUGAUUUAAUGCUGAAACUUUACAUUAGUCUUACACAGCUUUGAGCCAAAGAGGAAUCUAUUUCUUGCCAUUAAUGCAUUACAUGAAUUAAAGGAGCAGUGCGUAAGAUUUCACAACAUCAAGCAGCGACUGAAGGAUAACUUAAAGUGGCCUUAAAGCACAUGAAGGCAUUCUCUUAAAAAAAUGACAGGUCUUUGUAAGUGUUAUUUAUAAGACAUAAAACUUUAUAACUUUCUGGGAGAUGCAGGGUUUCUGUAGUAAAUGUUAAAUCGGCAUGUUUUCUGAAGUUUCCUAGGCGAAGAUCAAUCAGUAUUUUGCACAUUUUUCUAUUUUUUCAUCAAUAUUAAUUAAAUUACUGGUUAAACUUUUUCUUUAGUGAUGUUGAGUUAUCUUUGAUUGUUUUGAUUUUUACUUUUUUCUACUUUACCAAAGACUGUUAAGAUCAAAUUUUGCCAAAGAAAUGUAUGCAUAGUGAAAUUAUGAACACUGUAACAUGUAAACCGUGCACAUGGACAAAAAUAAACCGUCAUUGAAACCUCA